AUGGGUAAAUUUGAUAAGUUUGCUCGUCUUAAAGCGGCUAGAGCAGGUAAGAAGAUCACAGAUAUUGAAGAUGAAAAGAAUUCAAACGUUGAUAUCUAUGAUGAAGUUGAUGAGAUGGAAUACAGAAAACACAAACGAGAUCAACUUUUAAACGAUGAUUUUAUCGUUGAUGAAAAUGGUGAGGGAUAUGCUGAAACUGGUGCCGAUGAAUGGGAGCAUCAUGAGGAUUAUUACUCUGAAGAUGAAGAAGAUGAUAAUAUUGGGGAAACAACCAGCACACCAAGGAAGAAAAAAGUUAAAAAGGUUAGAAAUAAGAAAUCUGAAAUCACCCGAUUCUUCAAGCCAACAGCAGCAAAGCCGGUCAAAACUGAAGCUAAGGUGGAUAUAAGUAACUUGGAUGACAUCCUUGCAGACUUCACAAAUACUGCCGUUCAGAGAGUGAAAGCUGACUCAAUUUUUGGAUCAGAACCAAAGAAGGAUAUUUUUUCUUCGGUCAAGCAUAGAAGGGCCCGGGAUAAAACUUCUUCUCCAAGACUUAAUGUUAAUCAAUCCAAAAGAGCACCGGUGAGUGUCUCAUUGGGUAGCCCGGUCUCCAAAAAGGCGAAAUUAAGUUCUGAACCAGAGGAAUAUUAUACAGCAAUUGACUUUGACGAUUAUCAAAACGUGCCUUCUUCACCUACGAAAAAUUAUAGGGAUAAUGUGCCCAAAACUGAGAAUAAAAUUGAAAAGAAUCUGGAUGCCAAGAAAACUGCAGAUGAAGUUGUAAAAGCAGAGGCAGAUAAUGAGCCACAGAACUCAUCGGCGGUUCAAACGAUGAAAACAACCGAUGCCGAUUUAGAUGAUAGCAGUGAUGAUGACGACAUUGUUGUUGCCAAGCGGAGAACAACUGCAUUUGUCGAUCGUGACGUCAAUUUAAGCAGCUCUAGAGCAAAGCCGAUCUUAAAGCAUCCUUUGAAUUCUUCUCCAUUUAAGGAUACCGAUGUGAAUUCCUCGUCAGUUGCAUCUGUCUCUUCACCUGUUCGAUUUUCGGACUCGAGUUUCUACAGAUUGAACGAAGAUGAAGUUAUCACAAAGGAUGAAAGUGGUGAAGAGAGCCUUAAAAUGUAUUGGCUUGACUUUGCUGAAGUGGAUGGAUCACUACUUUUAUUUGGUAAGGUCCAAGCUGCGGAUGGCAGUAUGGUUUCUGGGGUGGUUCAAGUUAAUGGAAUUAACCGAGAGAUAUACUUCCUACCAAGAGAGCGGCGCAAACAAGUUGAACAGGAAGAAGAAGAUGAGUCAGAAGAGGACAAUGAUGAAAAGAAUGAUGAAAAGAAAUCUAGCAAGAUAACUACUAAUGAUGUCUAUGAGGAGAUCGUUCCUUUACUCAUGGAUAAGUAUGGCCUAUCAUUCAUUAAAGCAAAACCAGAGACUAAAAAAUACGCAUUUGAGCUUCCGGGAAUUCCACACGAGGCUGAAUAUCUGAAAGUUCUUCUUCCAUAUCAGACGAAGAAGUGUAGAAAUACGGUCAUUCCUGCAGACCUAGAAGGUGAAACGUUUUGGCAUGUUUUUAAUGCCAAUGCAGAUAUAUUCGAGUCAUUCGUUUUGCAGAGAAAUAUUAUGGGUCCAUGCUGGCUUGAAAUCAAGAAGCCAGACUUUAAGCAACUACAAAAUGCUACCCACUGUAAUGUUGAGGUUGCAGUUUCAUCCCCAGACUACAUCACGCCUCUCUCUGCAGAUAUGCUACCCCCAACAUUAAAUGUUUUGGCAAUAAAUGUGCAAUCAUUUAUGUGUAUGAAGUCCGGUAAACAAGAAAUUGGCUCAGUCUCUUUAGCUCUCUAUAAGGACCUUCCUCAGGAUAAGCCAAUUGAAUCUGGACUCAAACCAGAUGAGGAAACAACGUUGGUUCGUCCGCCAGGUGCAUCGCUUGCAUUUCCUCCAGGUCUUAAACAGUUGGCUCAGAAAAAAGGUAUGGUUCUGAGAACCUUUAACAACGAGAGAGCAAUGUUGAACUGCUUGGCAGCAAUUGUGAAGAAGUCGGAUCCAGAUGUAUUCAUUGGGCAUAAAUUAGAAAAUGUCACGCUCGACAUUCUCAUGCAUAGAAUGUAUGACUUGAAGGUGAGUACUUGGUCCUACUUUGGUCGGAUCAACAGAAAGCAAUUUCCAAAUAAAUUUGGCAGGAACUCCGGAAGAAAUAACAUGUUCUAUCUUAAGGAAAUUUUACAGGGAAGGCUUAUUUGUGAUAUUGCAAACAACAUGGGCCAAUCUUUAACUCCGAAAUGUCAAUCUUGGGAUUUGGCAGAAAUGUAUGAGAUUUACUGUAAGAAGAAAUACACACCAAUGGAAGUGAACCUUGCAAAUCCUGCAUUUGGUGAAGAUGCUGGAAGGUUGUUGGCUGCUUUCAAUGAGAAUAGAAUGGCGGUUAAAAUGAUUGGUGAUGUUGCCUUUGGAAUUCAAAUUUUAUCCUUAUCGAAACAACUUACCAACUUGGCAGGUAAUGCCUGGUCACGAACAUUGGGUGGUACACGUGCUGGAAGAAACGAAUAUAUUUUACUGCAUGAAUUUACGAGAAAUGGCUUCAUAGUUCCAGAUAAAGAAAAUAGAAGGCAGAAACGGCAUGGAACCUCAGAUAAUGAACCAGCAACAGCCGCUGCUGGAAGAAAGGCAAAAUAUCAAGGUGGUUUGGUGUUUGAACCAGUGAAGGGUCUUGUUAAAAACUAUGUUACCGUCAUGGACUUCAAUUCUUUGUAUCCUUCCAUCAUUCAGGAAUUCAAUAUAUGCUUCACAACAGUAGACAGAUCAAAGUUGACUGAGGAUGAACUUCCAGAGGUUCCUUCUCCCGAAACACCACGUGGUGUUCUUCCUAAGCUUCUUCAUGAGUUGGUUAGUCGUCGUAGAGAGGUCAAGAAGUUGCUGAAGGAUCCUAGAAUCUCGACACAGGAAAAAAUACAAUAUGAUAUCAAGCAGCGUGCUUUAAAGCUUACUGCCAAUUCCAUGUAUGGAUGCUUGGGCUAUGUGAACUCCAGAUUUUACGCUAAGCCUUUGGCAAUGCUUGUUACAAACCGAGGUCGUGAAAUUUUGAUGGAUACGAGACAUUUGGCCGAAAGUCUUGGCGUGAGGGUUGUUUAUGGUGAUACCGAUUCUGUUAUGGUUGAUACUGGAUGUGACACUAUGAAGGAAGCAUUGAAGUUUGCAGAAGAUUUCCGGAAGAGGGUUAACGACCGGUAUAAGUUAUUGGAAAUUGGUAUUGACAAUGUGUUUAAAAAGAUGUUGCUCCAUGCCAAAAAGAAGUAUGCUGCAGUCAACUGCACGAUAAAUGCUGAUGGAAAGGAAAGUACCAGUUUAGAGGUGAAAGGUUUAGACAUGAAAAGGAGAGAAUACUGUCCAUUGUCGAAGGAGGUGUCAACCUUCAUCUUGGAGAAAGUUCUAGGUGACAAUGAUCCGGAAGAAGCUCUUACCGCAAUAUACGGUUACUUAGAAGGCAUCACUACUAAGCUUAAAGAUAACAAUAUUCCUAUGGUGAAGCUCAAGAUCAACACCAGGCUUUCUAAGGAUCCCGUGCAAUACCCAGGAGGCAAAACAAUGCCAGCUGUGCAAGUUGCACUUAGACUGAGAGAUCAGGGUAAGAUUGUAAAGGCUGGAAGUGUGAUCACAUUUAUUAUCACCAAUGAAGAUGCGGAUAAAGGUGCAAGUGUAGCAGAGCGGGCUAGAAGCAUUCAGGAAGUAUUAUCGGAUCAGUCCAAAUAUGAGCCGGAUGCAGACUUCUACCUUGAAAAGCAACUGUUUGCACCAAUUUCAAGGCUUUUGGAAAAAAUCGAGGGAUACGAUGUUGUGCGACUUGCACAAUCUUUGGGUUUGGAUUCGAGAAAAUACGAGGCAAGAGCAAGAUCGCUUGAGCGGGAAACUGGGCUUCAGCCCCUUGAAUCUACUGUUACUGAUAGUGAGAGAUUCAGAGAUGCAAAGGACUUCCUCAUCAACUGUCCUAAAUGCCAGGCCAGUAUAAAGUUUGGUGGUAUUCAAAGUUCGCAGCAGUACAGGGUUACUUUUAGCGGUAUCAAAUGUGGUGAGUGCGACUCAAUUAUCCCUGUUUUGAGUGUGACUGCCCAACUAGAGCAUUUUAUUCGGCACGAAAUCUCGCUAUAUUAUGCUGGAUAUCUUACCUGCAGCGAUUGUGGUCUCACUACCCGGCAAGUCAGUGUUUAUGGAAGAAGAUGCAUUGGUGGACAAGGUACUGCUCGCUCAUGCAAAGGUGUUAUGAAAUACUGCUAUACUGACAGAAUGCUUUAUAACCAGUUGCUAUAUCUGCAAUCACUGUUUGAUGUCGAAAAGGCCAAGAAAAGAACCUUGAAGCCUCUUUAUGAUAUUACUACGCAGAAUAAAGACGAUUUACCACCGGAGUUGAAUCAGGGUGAGUUGGAUGCUUUAGUGGAGCAGAGUAGGCCAGAAUUUGGAGUGAUACAGGGUGUGGUUACCAAAUACUUGGAUGACUGUGGAAGAAGGUAUGUGGAUAUGGGUAGUAUAUUUGGAUUCUUAAAAUGA